UGUGAGACAUCAGUAAUGAAGCUGUAUGCAGCGUUCAUCUUGUUCCUGUUGUCCUAUUUUGGCGACUCGAGCAAAGCUAACAAGCCACGCCGUUCUAAUCCAUGGUGCCACGAAGCACCGGGACUGUCCGUGAGUCAAAGAAAGCUUUGCUUCAGAGUGCCUGGACUCGAGACUGCAAUAAGGAAAGGGAUCGAGACGGGUUUGUCAGAAUGCGAGCGAGAAUUUCAGUGGAAUAGAUGGAAUUGUAGUACGCUUGAGAACAACAGUGUUUGGGAACGGGCACCAGUUGGAACGAGAGAGGAUGCGUUUACAACUGCAUUGCUAUCAGCGUCAAUAGCCUACAGUAUAGCAAAGGCGUGCACAGCAAAAAAUGUCGCGGAAUGUAGUUGCGAGGUAAUCAGACGUCCCAAGUACGGGCAGACCUGGAAAUGGCAAGGUUGUAGUGCAAAUGUACGCUUUGGAAGCUACUCAUCCAAACGGUUUAUGCUGAAUGGCAGGAGAAACAAAAGCGCCAUUGAUACAGUUGUCUUCAGGCAAAAUGUUAGAGUUGGACUUGAGGUUCUACAAAAGAAUCGAGUGGUUAGAUGCACAUUGGGAAAAGCAGGGAGAGUUAAGUCUUGCCGUCUGACUUUACCACCACUCCAUAAAAUCAGCCGGAUCAUUAAAGGAAAGUAUCACUCGGCCACAAGGGUUACUGCGAGACUGAUACGAGGAAAGAAAAACUCAUUCUCCCUGCGAACCAUCGAGCGGUACCGCAGUAGGCCGAAAGCAAAGAGACCAAAGAAAUCAUCGUUGGUUUACCUGCGUCACUCUCCCACCUAUUGCUACCGGCAGACGGAAUACAGCAUACCAGGCACGCGUGGCCGCCGCUGCCAUUUGAACUCCCUUAAAGAAGGUGACUGCAACUUGAUGUGUUGUGGUCGUGGCUACAAACGGGAGGCGAAAAUUAAGAAAAGAUUGUAUGACUGUAAAACUAAUGUUGGCAUGCCAUGCAUUUGUAAAUUAUGUACAGAUGUGAUCAUUGAAAAUAAGUGCAUGUAAUGGGGUGGCCGUUUGGUCGCCUCAAGUUCUAAGAUCACGCUCAGUGCAAAAAGUUAAUCAAAUGUAUUUUAUAGUUCUAAAGAUGAUCGAAAUAGAGUUGUAGCCGUAAAGAUGGCCAAUUAUAUAAAGACAAUUUUGCUCUGGGUUUGUUGAAUGGUAUCAAAUGAAUGCCCAGUCGAAAGUGUAAGUAAGCACACCGAGGCUCCUGAGUGUGAUAACCAUGGAUAUCUCAGUCUGUUAAAGCAGUUUUCCAUCGAGUGACUAAUAACCAAAAAAGAUAUUAAAAUCCCAGUGACCAAUCAGAGCAAACGUUUACAUUAUCAUUGGCCAAUAAGAACUCCAUGUGAAAACAAGCAAAAUGCCUAAGGCGCGGGAAAAAACGAGUGAUCCAGUCGCGACUGUUUGUUUGGUUUUGCAUCUGUUUAAUUGAGAGAAUGGUGCGAGUUUUCAGGACCAAUCACAGAGCGAUGUAAAACCGAAGCAAACCCGGAUUGUUUUUGACACUUAGUAGGCCACUUCCCAAUUCACUUUGCUCUUUAUUUUUAAACGAGGCCUGGUGCUCGACCAUUCUUAUUAAAAUGGUCCAAAAUGAGUUUAAUUUGCAAGUGAAUGAAAAUUUAUGAUCGCAUGAAAGAUGAGCACCAUGACUCGCUUUAAAAAAUCUCCAAGGGUUGUUUGGAAAUCGGCAAUUGAAAAUUUCUCUGGCGAUAAGAUUUCUCAAUGAUGAAGCUACCAACUGAAAUGAAAUGAUUAAUAUAGGAGAAGGAUUAUGGUGUAUUAACGGAAGAAUUUUUCAUGCACGUUAAGAACUACCCUCAAUAACUAAAUUUAAAUUUCAUCAAGUCUAAUUUUUGUCCUUAUUUUGGAAGCUGGGGGCAAGUAUACAAAUAGAUUUAAACACAUGAGAAGAAAAGCCAUGGUUACAUCUGUGACCAAACCACGAAAGUUUGAAGUAUUUCCUUUUGCUUUCUUAACAUUCAUUUACUGACUAAUCAUUGACAUUUUCGUUAAAAAAUGCAAGAGUUUGCAAGCUCAUGAUAUCAGUGCCCAUUUUUUCAAUACUUGAAAAAUUAAAUCAAGACUAGCAUUUGCUGUAAGCAACAAAACUGGGUUGUAAAGGGUUAGGUGACGGUCAAGUGUUCAUAAUUAUAGAUAAGAAAAUGAGAAAAGGGUACAGAGACUGAGUACAAUUAAUUUUACUGGCUUAAUCAUCUUUGAAACAUCGAAAAUUUGAUAAAUUAGCAUACACAAGCUUGAAGCUGGUUUACAUAACAACUGGAACUGACGAAUCGUCGAAAAAAAGCAACUA